AUGUCUGGGGUUAUAAGUAUCCUAGGUCUUAUCAAUCCUCGGGAUGCUCUUUUCAAGGCAAUAUUCAUGGAAAAGAAACUUUCCAAGCACCAUCUGAAAGAGGUUUCUAUACCUAGCAUUGUCCUUAGAGUGAUGGAAGAAUGUGUUUCUGUUAAGGACGGUGGGCUUGUUGUGAUAGGGCUUAGCAGGAUUUUGGUGAGGAAGAUGAAAUACCUACAGGAUGAAUGUAGCGAUGCUGCUCAUAAGAUCUGCAGGAAAAGAGGGGAUAGAGGAAGAGGUGUUAAGCAGCCAUCUUCGAGGGGGAUAACCCUUGGGCUGGACCUAGAAAACAUAUACAUUGAUGAUCAAAUGAUAAGUCCUGAAGAGCUUGUGAUUCUUCCUGAGGAAAAUAAUGCAGGCGAUAUCCAAGAGGAUAUAGACUUCAGCUUUAAUGAGUUUAAUGACAUUUCCUAUAUUGAAGAGGGUAGACUUGAAGGCGAGGACAACACUAGAGGUUCCACGACCACUGAGGUUACUCAAAUUCCUUUAGAAGAGCGUAGGGAGAAAAGAAGAAAGAUUGUUGAGGACUCGGAGCUAGAGUUUGACUCUCAGGUAUUUAGAGAAAACCUCAGAAACACGAAAGACAUAGUGUAUAAGGAGAAGGCCUUUGACAUAAGAGAGGACCUUGCAUCCAAACUUUCAAUUGCGCCAGAAAUAUUGUCUAGAAUAUGCCAUAGGGAGAUAUAUUCGAGAGAAAGCGUAGAAGGCGUCCGAGACACGACUCUAUUGGAAUCCUAUGGAGACAUUAGCUUUGGUAGUCAAAUCGUCGAAUCACAGGCAUCAGAGGAAAUUACUGUGGAAGAGAGUCUCGAUGUUGAGAAGUUGCCUGAGAGAUUUGUCUUUAAUGAAAUUGCUGCUGGGCAUAGCAGACACGAGAAGAGUAGAAUGUUUUUGUCACUCUUAAAGCUGCUUGGAGAUGGGACCUUAAAAGCAUAUCAAGGCUAUUCCUAUUCUAACAUAGAAUGCAGACUUUCAUAA